AUGAUGGCGAUAUGGAUCUCUAGUUUUUUGUUUGCAUUCUUUCUCAUCUUAUCAUCCAUUGCUGCUCAACCUCAUUACUUCCAGACUACAGCAAAUCUUUCGACUACAUGGACCAACCAAGAAUCUUCUAUCCGUUCCAUCGAUUUCACAGAUGGCUCAAGGAUCAGAGUCAUCCUUGAAGAAGACAACUUUGCUUGUGGUUUCUUCUGCAAUGGAACCUGCACUUCUUAUCUCUUUGCCAUUGUUAUCAAUUUAUUCAACAGCCAUAAAGACUUUCCGGAUGUCAUCUGGUCAGCCAACCGAGACUAUCCUGUGAAGCUCGGUGCAAUCCUGAAUCUCACUGCAUCUGGAGAAUUGGUGUUACAGGAGGUCGAUGGAAGCAGUGUUUGGACUACAAACACUGCAGGGAAAUCUAUUGCUGGCAUAAACCUAACUGAUGAAGGAAACCUGAUGUUGUUCGAUGUCCAGAAUUUGACAGUUUGGCAAUCUUUUGAUCACCCAACAGACUGUUUGGUACCAGGGCAAAAACUACUUCAAGGACAGAAGCUCAUACCUAGUGUUUCCUCAACCAAUUGGACAGCUCAAAAAGACUUAUACAGUUUUCAAGUCGAACAAAAAGGUUUGUUUGCGUAUGUUGGAUCAAACCCACCUCAAGCCUAUUACAGUUACUUGGUACCCGAAAAAGAUACAAAUAACACAAGUUAUCUUCAACUCUUUGAUAGGAGUUUGUGUUUCUUCUUUUUCGCUACUGAUCGGCCAGGUUAUUGUGAAAGUGUGAAUGACCUAUCCCCAGAAUACACACUUUGGUAUGUAAAAAUAACACCAGAUGGGCAUGUGAAAGCGUUUGGAUGGCAAUCAACUAUAGAAGCGUGGAAGCUGGUGACCGAUCUAACUGAUGAACUCGGAAAAUGCUCUUUUCCUUUGGUUUGUGGGAGUAAUGCCAUUUGCUCGGCUAACGAAACAUGUAGUUGCCCCGAAAAAGACUCUUUUAGAACAGUGAAUGGCAUGGGUUGCUCUCAUGUAACUCCUCUCACAUGUAAUGCCACCCAAGAUCAAUCUUUCAUUGAACUCAAGAACGUCGAUUACUUCACUUAUACCACCGACAUGGAGGAUGUGGAAAUGGAGACUUGUAAACAAGCGUGUUUGAACAAGUGUUCAUGCAAAGCAGCUUUAUUUAAGUAUGAUUCCAAUUCUUCAAGUGGGGCUUGCUUUUUACCAUCUCAGCUUUUUACAAUGAAGAAAGUUGACGUACACCUCAAUUCUUCGGCUUUUAUAAAAAUCCAGAUCUCAAAGAGCAAAAGUAAACUUGCGACAAUUCUAGGCUUCUCAAUUGCAAGUUUUGUGAUUCUUAUCGUGGUAGUUGGUUUUACUAUAUUCAUGGUCGUCAAAAGGAGAAAAAUGAAUAGUGAAAUAGAAGAAGAGCAUCUAGAUCAAGUGCCAGGAAUGCCCACUCGGUUUUCCUAUGAAGAACUGAAAAUAGCUACAGAGAAUUUCAGUAAGAAGCUAGGCGAAGGAGGAUUUGGAUCAGUUUUCGAAGGGACUCUUGAAGAUGGCUCGAGGAUUGCAGUAAAAUGUCUUCAUGGUCUUUUGCAGGUUAAAAAAUCAUUCCUAGCUGAGGUUGAGUCUAUUGGCAGCAUUCACCAUGUAAAUCUUGUAAGACUUCGAGGAUUUUGUGCAUGGAAAUCACAAAGACUUGUUGUGUAUGAAUUCAUGAGCAACAGAUCAUUAGACCAGUGGAUCUACCAUGGAGACCGAAAGCAUGUGCUCAAAUGGGAAUGUAGAAAGAAGAUCAUUCUUGACAUUGCUAAAGGGCUAGCAUAUCUCCAUGAAGAAUGUAGGCAGAAAAUCAUCCAUCUCGAUAUUAAACCUCAAAACAUACUACUGGAUGAAGAUUUUAAUGCUAAAGUAUCUGAUUUUGGGUUGUCAAAGCUCAUCGAUAGAAAUCAAAGCCAAGUGAUAACUACAAUGAGAGGAACCCCCGGUUAUAUGGCUCCAGAAUGGUUGAGCUCAAUUAUCACUGAAAAAGUGGAUGUAUACAGCUUUGGGAUCGUUCUUUUGGAGAUCUUAUGUGGGAGGAAGAAUUUCGAUAAAUCUCAGCCUGAAGAAAGUUGGCACUUAUUGUGUGUCUUUCAGAGAUGCUGGGAACAAGACACGUUGUUUGAUAUAGUUGACAGGUAUAGUGAAGAUAUGCAUGUACAUGUUACGGAAGUCUUGGAGAUGAUGAAGGUGGCUUCAUGGUGUCUACAAACUGAUUUUACACAAAGGCCUUCAAUGUCAACUGUGAUUAACGUAUUAGAGGGAGUACUAAGCGUUGAAUCAAACUUGGAUUACAACUUUUCGUAUCCAAGACUACAGGAAGCAACAGUGGAACAUGAGAAAAGCUCGAAACCUGUGUUACCUUCUGUUUUAUCAGGGCCAAGAGAGUUGUUUGAAAUCUGUUGUAUUGGAUACAAUGUUGAUGAUCAUCUCAAGCCUCCUGCGGAGUCUUCUUCUCAAACUUCUUACAAAGACAAAGAAGCAGAAUCAGCAGUUGUCAAGGAUACAUGGCUCUGUAUGGACUCAAUUGUUAAAUCAUGGUUGUAUGACACUCUAUCUGUUCCUCUUAUCAACAUGAUUUUUAAAAGACAUGCAACAACGUUUAAAGUGUGGGAAAGCCUUGCGGAAGUUUUUCGUGACAACAAAGCCUCCAAGGUCAUCCAACUAGACAGAGAACUUCGAAAUAUUUCGAUAGGUACCUCCUCUACCACUGAUUACUACAAUAAGAUUAAGUCUCUAGCCAACCGCCUGGAACAUAUGGACGCCAAAGUCUCUGAUACGAAUCUUGUCGCAUAUAUUAUAAACAGGUUGUCACCUAAAUAUCGCCAUAUCGUGAUGAACAUCAGGCACCGUGACUCACCCCCAUCGUGUUGGGAUGCAAGAUCUAUAUUGAUAUGUAAAGAACAACAUAUGCUCUUGGAUGAACAAAGAGAUGCGACUCUUACCCAUCUCUACAAUUCUUCUUCCCCAAAUGCUCUCAAAGUUCAAACAUCUCCUCAAAAUAAUCACAAUAAUGGUGGUAGAGGAGGCUAUAACAAGGUUGGUCGUGGUGGUCGAUAUAACAGGGGCGGUAGAGGCAGAGGACAACAUGGCGGUCGAUUUCAUAAUGGUGGUGGAAACUAUUCUUAUGGCAACAGUCAAAAGCGAGGACCAAGGGGAGCGUAG